AUCAGCCAAUGGCAGGCACACGCUGGAGCUUCCUCUCCGCCUUCUUCGCCCAGGCUGCGAGUGCUUGAAGGGAAGCAAGGAGGUGGCGGCGGCGGCGAGCGGCGGCGGCAAAGUUGCUUCUGAGGGGAGUCCAAGAUGACCGGUUCUAACGAGUUCAAGCUGAACCAGCCCCCCGAGGACGGCAUCUCCUCGGUGAAGUUCAGCCCCAACACCUCCCAGUUCCUGCUGGUCUCCUCCUGGGACACGUCGGUGCGCCUCUACGAUGUGCCGGCCAACUCCAUGCGGCUCAAGUACCAGCACACCGGCGCCGUCCUGGACUGCGCGUUCUACGAUCCAACGCAUGCCUGGAGUGGGGGAUUAGACCAUCAACUGAAAAUGCAUGAUUUGAACACUGAUCAAGAAAAUCUUGUUGGAACCCAUGACGCCCCUAUCCGAUGUGUUGAAUACUGUCCAGAAGUGAAUGUGAUGGUUACUGGGAGUUGGGAUCAGACAGUCAAAUUAUGGGAUCCCAGAACUCCUUGUAAUGCUGGGACCUUCUCUCAGCCCGAAAAGGUGUACACCCUCUCUGUGUCUGGAGACCGGCUGAUCGUGGGCACUGCGGGCCGCAGAGUGUUGGUGUGGGACCUACGGAACAUGGGCUAUGUGCAGCAGCGCCGGGAGUCCAGCCUCAAGUACCAGACCCGCUGCAUACGGGCAUUUCCGAACAAGCAGGGUUAUGUAUUAAGCUCUAUUGAAGGCCGAGUGGCAGUUGAGUACCUGGACCCAAGCCCCGAGGUGCAAAAGAAGAAGUACGCCUUCAAGUGUCACAGACUAAAAGAAAACAAUAUUGAGCAGAUUUACCCGGUCAAUGCCAUUUCCUUCCACAACAUCCACAAUACAUUUGCCACAGGUGGUUCUGAUGGAUUCGUAAAUAUUUGGGAUCCAUUUAACAAAAAGCGACUGUGUCAGUUCCAUCGGUACCCCACCAGCAUCGCAUCACUUGCCUUCAGUAAUGAUGGGACUACACUUGCAAUAGCAUCAUCAUAUAUGUAUGAAAUGGAUGAUACAGAACAUCCAGAAGAUGGUAUCUUCAUUCGCCAAGUGACAGAUGCAGAAACAAAACCCAAGACCUCUUAACCGGCUCCCGUCACGAUGUGCCUGUUAUGGUUGUGGCCGCCUUCCCCAGAUGACCAGGGCCUUGGCGUUCUCACUGGUUUCCCUUAGCCAAAUGCUCUUCUCUAUUGUUAAGUGUCUGUUCUGUUUAUCUUUUGUUUCUACUGCUACUGUCCCACCGCCUUAAAGGGGCCCCUCCGCCCAUCCGGGGGAAUGUGGCAGCCUCCAGUCUUGGCCCUAAAUCCUCCACCUUCUGGAGCAGUGACUUUCAAACCUUUAAGCUGUAACCCAAAUAAGAAAUACGUUUGAAUCGCAGUCCAGAACACAGGUCAAUACAGUAUGUGUAACAGAGAAAAGUUUUAUAAAACAUUACUUGCCCUUUGUACUGUUUGCUUGCUUGCUUGUUUUUUUUAAAAGUUUUUUUUAAGAAAUGCUGGUUAUGGCCCCUUGAACUGAUUUUAUAACAAGUGCCUUGCCGCCUCUAACUUAAAAAAAACUGCUGUCUACACACAAGACUAAAAACUCUUACUUUUUUUAUCCUGCCAUGCCUGGGAUCCCCCAGAGCUCCCCCUUGCUCGUGGUAGCCCUUCAGUCACUUUGUAAGAAGGUGAGCGUCUUCCAAGGCCUGCAGAUCCCUAGGAAGGGACCGGCUGAUCGGCCAGGUGCUCUCAGAAGAAUGGGGGUUGGGCUGACCUCCGCUGGGAAUUCCGACACUUGGAUAGGAAUGUUCUGGUGGCAGCAAUAUCUGGUUCUGAGUUCUACUGUGUAGAAACUUAAAGGUGUAUUAGCAGGUCCUCCUUUGUUCCGGGCAGGCGGGGAUAUCCAGCCCUGUUAGAAGGACCAAGGCCAGACUGCCCAGUUUGUGUUGGCAUUCAAGCACUUCGUUGUUUUGCCUUCUGUAUCUGUUCAACUUGAGGUUUCGUACAGUGUUGUGCUUUGCACAUCUUCCGUUAAAAAAGGAUUCUGGUCAAAUAAGACUAGGCCUAUCUGCUUGGUGGGAGGAGACUCCAUGCACGUUAGCAUCUAAGAGCUUGGAGAACUCAAGCAGUACAAGAAAUGCCUGUGACUUCGUUUAACCCAGUUUUCCCCAAAUUUCUUUGACCCUGAGCCUCUGCUCUCUGUAAUCGCCUCCCCCACCAACUCCUCCCCCCCUGGAGUUUACUGGGAUUCUGUUAAUCAGAGUGCCAGGCUAUUCGCUUCACUUAUACUCAGAUGCCCAUGUUGGUUCCCAAUUUUCACAGUCUGUUCAGGCUUUUUGUUUUUCCAAAUUGCUCGUACAGUUUUAAUUUGAAUCCUUUUGCAAGGUCCAAGGUCUUAUUCAAGAUCCUGUUUUCCAUGAGGGCCUCUGUCCUUGCUCCAGCUCACAAAUGAGUGUGCCCUUUCUCAAAAGUUGGAUGAAGCAUCUCCUGCUUAUGUACUUGUGGCAGUUACUGCCUGGCAUUUUAGCAUUUUCAUGUGUGCACGUCUUGAUCCUCUCCUAGAUUCUUUCAAGACCAGGGACCACGUCUUUAUGUAUACUCUGGCGCAUGAACAUUGGGCCACUUUGGUAUUGUUGAGUGAUAGAGAUGGUCCCUUUUUCAAAAUAAUUUUCAAUAUAAUUUUGGAAUAGAGCCACUCGGUGUCCAGUGCACUGGACAUGUGACCGUUAGCUUGGUUAAUUUAUUCAGUAAGCACUUAGUAACUAUUAGAGGAGGAGUAUGUUCAUUGUAGAAAAAUGUAGGUGACAACAUGCAGAAAGUGAGUUACACUGUCAUAUAAUUAUAUCCUAUAAUAGGAGAUAACAUUUUGGUGUCUAUCCAUCCUUCAGAAUUUUCUGCACAUUCUUUCUGAAUUUUGUUAACCACCUUAUGUGAAAAUGCCUGGGUGAACAAAUUUGAAGAUUUUGUUUGAGAUGGUGUGACAUGCAGUACGGGCCAGGUGGCUUCAUGACAUUUACUUUGGGAGGGGCAUCCUAAGUGUUCUUUGAAGUAAUGGGUGGCUGGUCACCCCCUGGAGCAUCUGAAGCCUGGAAGCAGGAGAUCCUGUGACGGUGGCAAGAGGAGUGAGGCCUUGGGCAAGUCCAGCCUUUGAACUUGGCUUUGAAUCCUGACUUCGGUGCUGAAUUCGUUGCGUCACUGGCCAAGUUAACUUCUCAGCUGCAGUUUCCUCAUCUGUAAAAUGAAGAUAACACCUAACUCAUGGAAUUAUAAAUGAGUAGAUACAUUGGUUAUUAGGGUGCACCUGACACAGUCAGUGAACAGCAAAUCCCUGUUCUCUUUGCAUGAAAAAUAUUUAAUCCGUUGCUCACUUAUUAGUCAGCUG